ACACAAGUGUUGAAAUGAGUACAAGUACGAGCAUCGUAAGAUUUAUUAAAUGCGUUACAGUCGGAGAUGGAGCGGUCGGAAAGACAUGCUUGCUUGUUUCAUAUACUAGCAACACAUUUCCAAUGGAUUAUGUUCCAACGAUAUUUGAUAACUUCAGUGCUAAUGUGGUGGUUAAUGGCAGUACUGUAAACCUUGCCUUGUGGGAUACUGCUGGACAAGAGGAUUACAAUAGAUUAAGACCACUUAGUUACAGAGGAGCAGAUGUUUUCCUCUUGGCAUUCUCUCUGAUCAGCAAAGCAAGCUAUGAAAACAUCUACAGGAAGUGGAUCUUGGAGCUCAGACACUAUGCACCAUCUGUACCAAUAGUCCUUGUGGGAACUAAACUUGAUUUAAGAGAAGAUAUGGAGUACUUGAGAAAUCAUCCCGAUGCAACUCCGGUUACAACGUCCGAGGGAGAAGACCUCAAGAACAUCAUUGGUGCAGCUGCUUAUGUAGAAUGCAGUUCAAAAACUCAGAAGAACGUGAAGGCAGUCUUCGACACAGCAAUUAGGGUUGCUUUGAAGCCACGAAAAAGGAUGAGGAAGAAGCAACCGAAGCAAAGGCAAUGCAUAUUCCUAUAAGUAGUGGUUUUAGUUCCAUCAAGUCGUAGUUUGUUUCUCACAAGUGUUGUAAGUUCUAAUAAAAGACAAUAAGAUCUUAUCAACACUCUACGGUUAAAGGGGCUCGUUACGUUUUCGGAGAUAACAAGGCAAAUACAAGCAAAGAAACAUAUUG